AUGCCCUCAACAUGGAUUAACCCGUGGGAUCAAAUGGAGUUAUUCUACAAUGGGCUUGAUCAACCAGCCCGAUCUCUAGUCGAUGCUACCUCAGGUGCAUCAUUGCAAAACAAGACUCCCACAGACGCUCGAGACAUUGUCGAGCGAAUGUGUGAGAAUGCUUACCAUUGGCCGUCCGAACGGAGUGGUGUACAAAAGGUGGCCGGAGUCCACCAACUCGAUCAUUUAGCCGCAGUUUCAGCACAAUUAGCUACUCUUUCAAAUCAGGUCGCCCAAUUAUCAGUUCGAGGGCCACAUACCGAUCGAGUAGCAGCAGCAAGUACUUCACAAGCCACAAACGACGAUUGGGAGCAGACGCACUUUAUGAACCACCGAUUCAACAAUUUCCGGGGAACCAACAAUCAGAACCAAAACCUUACUCAUUACCACCCGGGAAUUCGGAAUCACGAGAACUUCUCCUAUGCCAAUCCAAAGAAUGCUCUACAACCACCUCCCGAUUUCAACCAUCAAAGAGAGCAACGAGGGCCAACGUAUGACGAGCGUCUUCACCGACAAGAUCAGGAAAUGGAGGGCCUGAAAUCAACAAUGAAGAACAUGGAAAAGCAAAUAGGGAAAAUCGCCCAAUCCAUGUCCACGAUGACCAAGGAUGGAUUUCCGAGCAAUACCGAAGUCAAUCCAAAAGAAAGCUGUCAAGCCAUAACCACCCGAAGUGGUUUGCAAAUGACCGAUCCUCCUUAUCCGACAGAGGAAUCACCAAGGCCAGCUGUACAACCGACCCCGGUCGAGCCAGAAAUCACCAUCUCAGUGAGUAGUACAAAAGAGGCUAGUAAGCCCAAUAACAUUUCUUUCCCUGAUAAUCAUCCUCUUAUCAUAACUCCUAUUCCUUUUCCAGAAAGACAGAAGAAGAAGAAGUUCAAGGAUCAAUUGAAGAAGUUCAUUGAAAAGAUCAAACAGAUUCGAAUCAACAUCCCUUUUGCAAAGGCCUUGGAGGUGAUGCCAAACUACACCAAGUUCAUGAAGGAAAUCCUAUCCAAGAAAAUUCGGAUCGAAGAAGACAUACCAGUGACACUCAAGACAACUUGCAGUGCCAUUCUUCUGUCGAAUCUACCACCGAAAAUGAAAGAUCCAGGGAUUUACACUAUUCCUUGUAUUAUUGGAAAUUCUACUUUCGAUAAAGCUUUAUGUGAUUUUUGA